AUGUCUGCCACGCUUCGUCUCCCCGGCAAGGUCUGCAUCAUCACUGGCGCUGGCGCCGGUAUCGGCCUUGAGACGGCCCUCGUCUUCGCGCAGGAGGGCGCUCACGUUGUUGCGGCAGACAUCAACGAGCAAGCAGCUCAGCGCACCGUCGAGACGAUCCAGAAGCAGGUCAAUGGCGCCGCGAAGGCGAUCGCGGUCAAGUGCGAUGUGAGCAAGGAGGUGGAGAUCAAGGCGAUGGUCGCAAAGGCGGUCGAGGAGUUCGGCAAGCUCGAUGUCAUUUUCAACAACGCCGGCAUCAUGCACCCUCAAGACGACAACGCUCUCAACACGGAGGAGCGUAUCUGGGACCUGACGAUGAACAGUGCCAACUUGAAGGGCGUCUGGUGGGGCUGCAAGUACGCCAUCGAGGCCAUGCUCAAGAACCCCAAGGGCGGCUCGAUCAUCAACACUGCCAGUUUCGUCGCCUUGAUGGGUGCCGCAACGCCCCAACUCGCCUACACCGCCUCGAAGGGCGCCGUCCUCGCCAUGACCCGCGAACUCGCCAUGGUCCACGCGCGCGACGGGAUCCGACUCAACUCGCUCUGCCCCGGCCCGCUCAAGACCGAGUUGCUGAUGUCGUUCCUGGACACGCCGGAGAAGAAGGAGCGCAGGAUGGUGCACAUCCCGAUGGGCCGCUUUGGCGAGGCAGUCGAGCAGGCCAAGGCUGCUCUCUUCCUCGCCUCGGACGACAGCUCCUUCAUCACCGGCACUGACUUCAAGGUCGACGGCGGCAUCAGCGGCUGCUACGUCACGCCUCUCGGCGAGCCUCGUGUUCCCGGCCCGCAGAACCAGGCGCCCAAGGCUUGA